GCGCGCUCCCUUUGUGGGGCGCGAGUGCGAGCGCACUGGUCCUGGAGUUACACGACAAGCUGCUGAAGCAGUGCCAAGCACCCUUCGCCAGCUCAGUGUUGUUCCUACUGUGGGCACUGUGGUCCAGUUCAAAGAGUGCAAGCUGAGGCCCGAGUUGAACUGGUGUUUUGGAGUGGUGGAAAGCCGACAAGGCGGAGUGCUGACGGUCUGCCUGGCCGGAGGCUCCCUGGUGCAAGGUGUUGUCCUGGAGGACGUGAACCCGGUCGCCUUGAGCGACGUUGAGCCCUCAAGUGUGAGAGAGCUGCUUCAAGCUCAACUGGGAAAGACGCUGGGAGGGCAAACGCGCAUGCUCGAGCAAGCCAAGAAAGUGAAAGAGCUACUGGUGUUGUGGCACGGACGGUCGGCUUUGCUCCCGGCCUGGACGAAGUCGUUCUGGCAAGAGUUGGGGCUCUUGGAGUUCAAGGAGCUGAAGGAAAAGCUGGAAGAGCUUUCCACUGCGGGGGCUGUUGCGCAUUCCCUGGAUGCGUUCAGAGCUCAGGAGGGCAUAGCCUGGGGGGAAGACGAAGAUGGCCCCGAGAGCUGGGAGGCGGCGCUGCCGCCGGACCUCAAGCGAGCAGGGCCGGAGAUCUACUCCUCCAUGAAAGCGUCGGGCGUUCGUUGCGUGCGAGAUUGGGUCAACAGCAUGUUCAGCGUUGAGCAGAGGCAGUCUGCGCGCUACGUAGACCUGUUCAACGUGGCGACUCUGGUCGAUUUCAAGGCCAGGGAGGGUGGAUCUUCUCAGUCGAAGGUCUUGAGCAUCAUCGCUCAAGAUGAUACCUGCGAGGUGGCGUUGCGCCGCCUGGCAGCUUGGAUCCAUGAACGCCGGACGGGAGAUCGUGAUGCUGCGCAGAGCAUGCUGGCUAUUAAGCCUUCUUCCUUUUCGACAGAUGUGGCGCCGAGUUGGCUCGUCGCCCAAGCGGCUUCCUACAGUCAGUCGGAACACAAGCGCCGAGAGCGCGCCAGGGCCCAGGGCAGCGCUUCUCAUGGAAGCGGCGGCAGUGGCGGUGGCAAGGCUGGCGCCAAAGGUGGCAACGGCAAAGGCAAGGAGAAGAAGAAGGGUGCAGGCGGCAAGGCCGCCACUCAGGGGGACUAG